CUUCAGCAACAGCUCUCACUUCUACUGCACUCUCGUACCAUCAUGCGCGCUCAGCUCUCCUCUGUCGUCGUUCUCAGUGCUGGUGUCCUUGCGGCCGCCAUGCCUUGGGAGACCACGUCGCCCGCUACGAGCACGACUACGGUCACUGUGACCGCGCCCGCCAGCACCUCCACUGAGCCCGCCAGCUCGUGCGACACUGGCUCCCUCCAGUGUUGCGACACUGUCACGUCUGCUAAGAGCGAGAGCGCCUCCGCGAUCCUCGGUCUCCUUGGCGUCGUCCUCUCCAACCUGGACGUUCUGGUUGGCCUCACCUGCAGCCCUAUCAGUGUCCUCAGCUCGGGCAGUAGCGGUUGCACCGCCGACCCUGUCUGCUGCGAGAACAACAACUUCAGCGGCCUCAUCUCCCUUGGCUGUGUUCCCGUCAACCUCUCGCUCAAGUAAAUAUUCUGUAUACC